CUUGGCCAAACGGCUGAGAUUCCUAGCCGGCGGCUCAUGGAAGUAGGCCCAUGGCAAUCACAAGCCCGUGCAUCGCAUACGUGUCCCCAUGUCAUUGUUCAGAGGCAGAAGUGUCAAAAGAAGAGGUUGACGUUGACCAACUACAUCCCUUCCAUCGUGCCUUUUGGCGUGACAGUGGCGCGCAAAAAACAUGUCCGUAAGAGAGCGCUCGGUUGCAGAAAUUGCGGUGCAGAAUGUCAAGGUGAGGCGUCGCCAGGUUGGAGAGAUUCCGACAACUGUGAGAUUUUCGUGCCGAUGUUUGUGCCAAAAAGGUGUAUUCAUUUUCUCGGCGGCGCCUUUGUGAGUGCAUCACCCAGGUUAUUCUACCAAAGAUUUUUGGAAGAACUUGCUGAACAGUGUGAGGCCAUUGUGGUGGCUACACCUUACCAACUGUCUUUUGACUACGACCUCAUGGCGGCAUCGGCGACCAAUAAGUUUGUUUCCGUUUCAAGUCAAUUUGGAUGCCUUCCUGUGGUUGCGGUCGGCCACUCUUGUGGUGCACUGUUGCAUUCACUCCGGGCUUCGACGGGGACAUAUGAGGCCUGCGUGUUGAUGUCUUUCAACAAUAAGCCAAUCAGCGAUGCCAUUCCUGUCCCUUUGCCCGAUGCUACUGAUGCUCCUGCAAGUCUUCGAGAACUGCUCCGAAACAACAUCGAGGCAGUCCUCGCGGAUGAUAACGUAGAGGAGGGUUUGCAGACUGCGAGGGCAGUGUUUGCCGGCAGCAAUGGCUCAGGCGCCGAUCUUGCCAAAGCAGCUCCAGUUGUGUCACAAUUUGGCCCUUUGCUUGGAAGUGUUAUCGCUGGCAAGAAGGAAUUCUCAAUUUCUCGCGAGGAGAUUUUCUCCCGUCUCUCCGCAAAGUUUCCUGUCAGAACGCUUGUCAUACAAUUUGCCAAUGACUUCACUGAUGACAGCAACAAGCUGACCAGUUGCAUCCAGCAAGCAGGGUCGGAGGUGCAGCUGUUGAGAUUUCCUGGCGGUCACACUUCACCACUGGAUGGUCCCAUAGGGGGAAGCCGGCAAGGGCAACUAUCAGCUCGUAUAGCUGCUUUUGUCAAUGAGGAAGGCCUUCCAGGUCCACGCAAUGCGCAAGAAAGGAUAUGCGAGCUGAGGGAUCAAUUCUUGCGGCUUUCUGCCGGGUACAACCGGGGGUUCGCGCCAAUGCCAUUCGGUCAGAAAGCUGCAAUCACGGAGUGCAUCGAAGAACUGGAGGCAUUGAAGCCAGACAUUAAUCAAGGAGCAAUCGGGAAUGGUGGUGAGUGUGAUGUGAUGUCGAAGUUGAUUGGCAAAUGGCGACUAGUUUGGGCCACAUCACCAGACGUGCUGCUCCUGACGUCGCUCCCGUUGGCGGAGUGUGGCGAGAUCCGCCAGGAUAUACAAAGAUCACAGGCAGGCGACCAACUUGAGGUGAUCAACAUCGUGGAGCUGUCGCCCAAAGGAGCUAGCCUUUUGGGCGCUGCGCUGCCAGAAGUAGCCCGGGCCCUCGCAGUCGUGUCAAAGGUGAGGGCAAGUGGGGACUUUGAGGACAGCCUUUUAACCCUUCAGCUUGCUGGCGCAGAGUUGGAGACAAUGGCAGGCUCACCACUGCAGUUGCCACCCAUCCCUGUUCCCGGACAGCUUCGUACCACUUCAACAUCAGUUCGGCCAAUUCAGGAUGAAGUCUACACGAUUCUGCACGCCUCACCUACAUCCUUCCGCAGGCAAAAGGAAGGCCAUAAAAUGGAACCAUUCUGAGACCGAACGGCUUCAACACUCGGGCGGCACAUUUACCUAGUACUUGCGGCGCAGCUACUUACAACGUUUCUGGACAAUGAGCUUCGCGUUGCUAGAACGCCUCUUGGCGACGUGUUCAUGUUCUCACGUCUUCUUUGAAGACUGCGCCCCACAAACAAAGCCGGACCUCUCCAGCCAAUGAGCUGGCGACGUUGCCUCUCUGUUUGCUCUUGGGGAUAAAAGGAAAGAAGAACUGGUUUUUUUGUGUUGGUUCAUGUUGCAUCAGCAGUGACGGGAUCAUAGGGCGGGCAUUGCAGCGCAAGGAAACUCAGA